UACCAGGCAUAGUGAACUUGCAGCGGGCUGCGCGCGGAGCGGCGAGCGGAGCAGAGAAUGUCGCUUUGUCUUAGGAAAUGUGCUUCGUGUUUUUCUUUUUUCACCCCUUUUUUAUUUUUUAACGUUUUCAUCUCCAAGACAGACUUGUAAAGACUUCUGAAACUCUUUUUUAAUGCUCAACCGAGGAUACAAUACAUACGUCUACCAAGAAGCCCUUGAAGGGCUUUCUGUGAGUCCGAUUCGUGUGUGUGUGCGUGCGUACAUUUCCCUUUUCUUUUCCUUGCACUUGUACGCGCUCUGCUCUGCUCAGCUGAGGCCGGACCUCGCUCUGUGAAGUUGAAGAGAAGGAGAGCCCGGAGCUACUCAGCAACCAUUUGAAUUUAGAAACUUUUGUUUUGGGGACACAAGCAAAGAGCUGGUUUUCUUUGCGAGCCCAAUAAAUGCUAUUUAUGAAGAUGGACCUGUUGAACUACCAGUACUUGGACAAGAUGAACAACAAUAUCGGCACUCUGUGCUACGAAGGUGAAGCCGCUCUCCGGGGAGAGCCCAGGAUGCAGACAGUGGCGGUGGCGUCGGCGCUGAGCGGCCACCGCACGGGCCCGCCCCCCAUCAGCCCCAGCAAGAGGAAGCUGAGUGCAGAGCCGGGGGACGAGCUGGACUGUGAAAACGACCGUGUCUCCAAGAUGACCCGCAUCUUCAGCCCGCACCUGAACAAGACCGCCAACGGAGACUGCCGCCGGGGGCCCCGGGACCGCAGCCGCAGCCCCGUGGACAGGGCCGCAGCGCCCGCCGUGAGCCUGCACAGCAGCCACCUGUACGCGUCCCUCCCCGGCCUCAUGGAGCAGCCGCUCGCGCUGACCAAGAACUGCGGGGACGCCGGCAGGGCGGCCGGCCUCUCCCCCACCCUGACCCCCACCGAGCGGCAGCAGAACCGGCCCUCUGUGAUCACCUGCGCGUCCGCCGGUGCCCGCAACUGCAACCUCUCACACUGCCCGAUCGCGCACAGCGGCUGCGCCACGCCGGGGCCUGCCAGCUACCGGAGGCCGCCCAGUGCCGCUGCCAGCUGCGACCCUGUUGUGGAAGAGCACUUCCGCCGGAGCCUGGGCAAGAACUACAAAGAGCCCGAGCCAGCGCCCAACUCCGUGUCCAUCACGGGCUCCGUGGAUGACCACUUCGCCAAGGCUCUGGGCGACACGUGGCUUCAGAUCAAAGCCGCCAAGGACGGCGCGGCCAGCAGCCCCGAGUCCGCCUCACGCAGGGGCCAGCCGGCCAGCCCCUCCGCCCACAUGGUCAGCCAUGGCCACUCCCCGUCGGUCGUCUCCUGAGCAACACCCCCUCUGGGGACGUGGGGACCUGCAUGGUUUGCUGAGCUUUGAACAGUCCGUGCUUAAACACAAACACAAAAAAACGACAGGGGCAGGGGGGGUUCUGUUGUUUUGUACUCGCUUGGUAUUUGUACAAGGGGCCUCCAGUGUGGCGGCAGGAAAGCGUGCGACACCGGCCCAAUGUAGCAGCCUCACUUCCUGCCUCGCUCACCAAAGAAACCUCGGCGCAGGCCCGUGGCCGGGCCGGGUCCGCAGCGCGCCCGCUCACAAGCCAUGGCCCCCGGCCAGCCACAUCUUCCUGCUUUUCCCAUUUGCUUCUUGAGACCUGGGCCCGCGUGUCCCAUUCAACCAGCGUGUGCAUGCGUGUGCGUGCGUGGGUGCGUGUGUAUACUUGAAGAGAGCUGUCGUGUCUGAUUUGCACUAUUGGAGGGGACAGGGGCUGUCUGCGAGAUGCGUCCUCUGAGGGCAAACUGCUGAGAAAACCAAGGGCUCAAGACUGAUACCUGGACCAUUCCCGCGCUUCUGCUAGCCGAAGCCGCCUCGGGAGGGAGCCGAGUACAGCUUACGUAGGUCAUUUUAGAUUUCAGGUGCUGGCAACCGGACUGCAGCCCCGGCCGGCCCCCGCGGGCAUCUCCCUGCUCUAACACUGCCGCUGCUGAGACUAGCGCAGAGCCGGAGGACGCUGGACUGCUUCAGAGGUCACUGUGUGUUCAUAGGAAGAGCUGUUUCUAGGCUGUACGGACGCCCUUGCCUACGCACUGCUGGUACAGUUGUGUAUUGGACGUUCACUCUGCUCACCGAGCGCCGCGGAGGAGUCGGUGGACGUCUGUCCGUCUGUCGUCACUGAGGUCCACAUCCCAGGCUGCGUUCCUGCCAGCUCCCCCGGGAGCUGGUCUCCAACUUGCCUGGAUGCAUGGACUGCUUCCUUUUAAUCCUGGCCAAGCAAGCAGAUUGCUGGCGAUGUGCACGAAGGUAUUCGUACGCUGGGGCCAAGUAUACAUUCCUGACAAUACAGUUAUGACUACACUCACUCUCACCUGGCUGUGUUGAUAGCUACUAACUAGAAAGUAGAGGCACGCAGGGCAGACAGGCUGGGCUGCCCUGAGCGGGGUCUCCUGUCCAGCCCCUCAGCUGUGCUACAUCUAGCCCGGCCAGGGCGGCGUGGGUGUCUGGGCCACAGAGCAUUGUGGACUCCUGGAAAUGGAAGUCCACGGCGCCGGCUUCCAGAGGGAGGGAGUACAGGGGAGCUGUGGAACUGUGGAAACCGGCAGCGCAGCGCAGGCUGGGGGCUGGCCCCUGUAGUCAUGGGGUGGCGGCAGGCCUUGGAGCGCAGAAAGGCUGCUGCUGCCUCCCCCACUUCUCCCACCUUCCUUCCCCCUUCCUCUCCCCUCCCCCCUCCUCCCCCGCAGCCCCCCUGCGGCCCGCCACACUUCACUCUCACUCUGGGCUUCCAGACUUUGGCAUUCGGGCCCCUAUAUUUCUGUAGGAAGAAAACUGUUGAACACUUUUUUAUAUAGGUAACUUUAAGACCAUCAUUACGCUGUGCGUAAAGAAUGUACAGAGAAAUUUGUAGGUAUUUUUUGAAGAACAAUUAAUUUGUUAAUGAUAUGUAGCUAUUUAAUUUUUCCCUUUCCUAUCAUAAUCAUUCUUUUUGUUGUUGUUGUUGCUUGGGGAAAAAAAAGUUGAUCUUUUUUUGUGUGUGUGUAGACGUCUGUAAACGUGCAGGAACACAGUCACCGUGAGAAAGCGGCGUCCAUGUCAAUAGCCACUAGUUUGUUAUCUGCAGGCUACGGGCAUCGCGACAGGAAAACCAUUCUGCGACUCCUGUCCCUGCGGGGGGG